AAAUAAAUCAUCAGCUGUUUUUGCAUGUCUGUCGAGUCAGAACUUAAAUCAAAGGCGUGUAGCCCGCGUGAAGUGUGAAUGCCCACUUGAGAAAUGAGUGGUCCCAUUGUUUGCCUUAAGCUGCCUCAAACAAAUAAGUAGGCCGGGUGCUAAUCUCAAGGAAUAUGCAAAGCCACAGAGACCAGUAAUAGAAGCAGAGUAGAACUCAGUCGUCAGAUGCUAACCUGUUGUCACUUUAUGGGGUCCGGCGGUAAAUAAAUAUUAAUAUAGGGAGGGAUAAUCGAGGAGGACGGACGGAGGGAUGGAGUUCUUUUCGCGAUCCUGCACGGAAAACCAAAUAAAAUAACACAUGCAUACAGAUUUAUUAGGUGUGUGAGAACCUAAAAAAGAAAGACUCGAUAUUUUCGGAAAAGGCAAGUUUCUGGAGUCGGAGUGAAUCUACCUGAGGUACCUGCUGGAGAGGCGACCAGCUGCUCCCACUGCUCGUCCAGCAUUUUAAACAAAACCCUGCAGUGAAGCAAUGGAUCUUCCUAGCGCUCCAAAAGGGUGUGGUUCCAGUAUCAGCUCCAUCUAUUACAACCUUUGUGACUUGACCACACUUUGGGGAGUCGUGGUGGAGGCCAUUGCUGCUACUGGUGUGCUGACCUCAUUCGUCCUAUUUAUCAUUCUUAUGGCUUCCUUACCAUUUGUGACUGACAAGAAGAGAAAGGGUAUGGUGGCCCUACAGGCCAGCAUUCUGGUCUUUACACUGGGACUGUUUGGACUGACUUUUGCCUUCAUUGUGGGCCGGUACACUACAAGUUGUGCUGCUCGAAGGUACAUGUUUGGAGUGCUGUUUGCAGGCUGCCUAGCUUGCCUGGUGAUGCAUGGGCUGUGGCUGGCCCUGUUGCAACGAAGAGGCCAUGGGCCCAGGAGCUGGAUGUUGUGGUUGGGAGCUCUGAGUCUCUGGCUUGUUGAGGUGAUCAUCAACACAGAAUGGCUCAUAAUCACCGAAACCAGGAGCUCAUCCGAGGAAGUUAUUGUCCCUGAUCUGUCCUGCACCAUUGCUAACCAGGACUUUGUGAUGGCCCUUAUCUAUGUAAUGGUUCUGCUGCUAGCUGUUGUGUUGAUGCCUUUUCCUUCACUGACACACAAGCACAAGCAGUGGCGCCGAGAUGGAGCUUUUAUCCUGGUCACAGGCCUCUUUACCAUGGCUGUGUGGGUAGCUUGGAUUGUUAUGUACAUCUAUGGAAACCGAGUGGUUGGGAAUCUCAGCUGGGACGAUCCUACUCUGGCGGUGGCCAUAGUGUCAAAUGCCUGGGUGUUCCUGUUCUUCUACACAAUCCCAGAAAUUUGCUUACUGACACAAGAAAAUCCAGACCAGGAGCAGCCCCAUGAUGGAGAAAAUGUUUAUCCUGCAAGAAGCCUGGUGUAUGACAACAUCCUGAAAGAGCCAGAACCAGCACAACAGAAUGUGUAUAUGGAGAAUAAAGCUUUCUCUAUGGAUGAAGCGCCAGCAGAACCCACAAAGCCGGUGUCGCCGUAUGGAGUUUAUAAUGGUCAGCUACGAAGUUGUGUGUACCAGCCAACUGAAAUAGCCUUAAUUGCCAAAGGUCUGACAAUGGCAGACCAAUGUGUGAUGAUACCAAGAGCCACGGCUCCAUCAUUGAAUCCAGGAAGUGGAAGGAGCUCUUUGUCCCGUUCAGUCGAAUCGUUAGCCUCUCAAGAACUCUCAUAGGAGGAUGUUUUCCAGCAGAAUGCAGUAAUAUGAUUCACCUUUCCUUACAAAUUCCCUCUGAUACUUGCACAGACUGCUCUUUUUGCACACCCUCAGGUCAUCAAAGUGCUUUACAAAAUACAAAACCUAAUUAAAACUAACCACAUAAAAGCAAUUAAUUAUAAGGCCAUCUAUGAUAAUCCUAAGUGCUUCAAUAGAAGACAACUUUGUUAAAGUUUUUUUUUCUUAAAACACUAAAGAUGGAAGAAUUGUUGCCUCUAAGAUCUAAAAGAUGUGUACGAUCUAAAAGACAAUUAUGUAACAGAGAUGUGCCUCAGCUUUUCUAUUUCAGGCUGUGUUCUCUUUUAUAAGCUCUUCACACUGUAUGAUAAGAAUACAAAAACAGCAUCUCUUGUAGCUUCACGUAUCUAAUAAUAACUUUAUCAACUAGCUAAAAUCGUGCCUUUCUGACUUUUCUGAUAAUACAGCAGCUAUGAAUAAAAGGUUUGGGUCAUCAUAGUCAAACAGUAAAGACGACUCAGAAUUAAACACAUUUAAUAGACUAUGUUGUUUGCUGUGUAAAUAAUGGCAUUUUAUUAAGUUUUAAUUGAACCACAAAUAUUAUUUUCUUGUUAUAAUGGUGCAGCCUGAAAUAUGUUAAUCUGAUCACUGACAUAUUUAGUUCACUUGCUGUGAUUAACACUUUCCCUGAAAGCCAUGAUUUUGGGGCUGUGGAUUCUCAAAAAGUCACAUGUAAAGGUGUAAAUUAAACCUUAUAACCAUCA